AUGCCCUCCACAGAGCCUCCAGGGUGUUCUGAUACACUGCAACCGAUAUCGAAUGAGUUGCCUGCAGUUGGAACGCGGCAGACACCUAGCUUGUCAUUCCCUCGUUCGCUGGGGGCGAAACUUUCAAGGGCCCUGAGUUCUGACUCGGGUAAGAGUGCGGACUCGUUGGACACUGUCGCCUCCAAAGGAAAGGAGUCGAACAAAACACUGAUUGGUGGGUCGUUGGCCUCUCUGGUUGUGGCGGUGCGGGGGAAAAUACCGCAGACUGUUCCGGGGGUGGGGCCGCCGGUGCUCGCCGCCCAUCGAAACGCGACGACGAACACCUUCACUGAUACCACCAUGACAUACGACUCUACAGACAACGACGCCGGUCGGUCUGCUUCGCGAGGACGGGAAGGACGGGAUGGAUACCGUUCCUCAGGACGAGGAGGUGUUGGCAACAUCGUUCGGUCUCCCUCGAAUACUGGCGAGCGCCUCAUGAGCCCCAGCCGUGAACCCUACAGCGAAGGAAUCUCAAUCAUACGAGGCAGGAAUGCCGUUCCCGUGUCUACAGGACGGGGCGGAGCCGGGAACAUCUUGAAUCGGUCGCGUAGCAAUGGAGGAGAGGAUAUAGCCGGUCAACAGCAGGUUGAAAAGUCCUUUGUGAACGAUAGCGAGAGCGAGACCGUCGCCUCUUAUGGACUCUCUCGCGCCCCGACCGAGCCCCAGCAAGAGCACGGACUGACCCAAGAUCAGCUGCAAGCAACUGCAGCCGGGGCGUACUCCACCGGUCGCGGCGGCGCCGGCAACAUCGUAGGUCGGAAUCAGACCAGCCCUUCGCACUCGCCUGCGCAUUCGCACUCCCGCUCGCGCGAGCGCACCGGUGGCGGCAUCUUCAACCGAGGAGCCCGAUCCAAGUCACGAGAGCCGACAUCGCCUAGUGCCCGGCGAUCUCGUUCUCGGGAGGCCGUCAGUGGGUUGUGGGACCGUCUCACGCACCCGCACAUGAAUGCGCCUACGCACGCGCCUGAAGACGUCAAUGAUGCCUCCGCGCAGGAAUCGAGCAAUGAGCCGCAGGUCGUGAACCGCGGCCGACCUGUGGACGUUCCCAUUGCCAUCGCCGAGUGA